GUGGGUCUCUCUCUCUCUCGCUCAGUCUUAUUACCAAAACAAGCAAGCAAAAAUCAUUUUCAUCAAAUACUUACGAGUACAUAUUUCCAUACUCUGAAGGCAGCAUUGUGGGUCUCUCUCUCUCUCUCUCUCUCUCUCUCUCACUCGUGUCUACCAUUGUAUGCUUUUUUUUAAUUGGUAUUUUAAGCGGGUGAGGCUUCGCUGACAAGUCCACAAAAAUACGCUACAGGAUCACAUUACAGAGUAGACCAGUGGAGAUAAAGAUAAUUGAGAGAGAGAGAGAGAGAGAGAGAGAUAGAGAGAGAGUCUUUUGCAUUGAGAUACUCUGCUCUGUGGCCAUGGCAACUCGGAGGCUAUCCUCGUUGCUGCCUCGUUCUCUCUCCGCCUCUUCUCCUCUGCUUCGCUCACUGGGUAGAAACUCUAACAGGGGAGGAAGCAUCAGCAGGUUUAGCACUGCUGCUGUUUUGGAGGAACCAAUCGCCCCACCUGUUCAAAUAAACUAUACCCAGCUUCUAAUUAAUGGGCAGUUUGUUGAUGCAGCUUCUGGUAAAACAUUCCCAACUUCUGACCCUCGGACAGGGGAAGUCAUUGCUCAUGUCGCCGAAGGUGAUGUCGAAGACAUCAACCGCGCAGUCGCUGCUGCUCGCAAGGCGUUUGAUGAGGGACCCUGGCCUAGAAUGACCCCUUAUGAAAGAUCGCGGAUAUUAUUGCGGUUUGCAGAUUUGCUUGAGAAGCACAGUGAUGAGCUUGCUGCUCUUGAGACAUGGAACAAUGGGAAGCCUUUUGAACAGUCUGCAAAAUCUGAAUUACCGUUGCUAAUCCGUCUCUUUCACUAUUAUGCUGGCUGGGCAGAUAAAAUUCACGGUAUGACAGUUCCGGCUGAUGGAUUGCACCAUGUGCAAACACUGCACGAACCAAUUGGGGUUGCAGGGCAGAUCAUUCCAUGGAACUUCCCUCUUAUCAUGUUCGCUUGGAAGGUUGGGCCUGCACUUGCCUGUGGUAACACCAUUGUGCUGAAGUCUGCAGAGCAAACGCCAUUGACUGCACUUUUUGUUUCAAAGCUAUUGCAUGAGGCUGGUCUCCCUCCAGGUGUUCUGAAUAUUGUUUCUGGUUAUGGUCCGACUGCUGGUGCAGCUCUUGCUAGUCAUAUGGAUGUCGACAAGCUUGCCUUCACAGGAUCAACUGAUACCGGAAAGAUUGUACUUGAAUUGGCUGCAAGAAGCAACCUUAAGCCAGUAACACUAGAACUUGGGGGGAAAUCACCUUUCAUUGUAUGCGAGGAUGCUGACAUUGAUCAGGCUGUGGAGCUUGCACACUUUGCUCUGUUCUUUAAUCAGGGACAAUGUUGCUGUGCUGGGUCUCGUACUUUCGUGCAUGAGCGUGUCUAUGAUGAGUUCAUAGAGAAGGCAAAAGCACGCGCUUUGAGACGUACUGUUGGUGAUCCCUUCAAGAAGGGUAUUGAACAAGGUCCUCAGAUCGACUCCGAGCAAUUUGAGAAGGUUCUCAGGUACAUAAAGUCAGGAAUUGAAAGCAAUGCUACCCUUGAAUGUGGUGGUGAAAGAUUUGGCUCCAGAGGCUUCUAUGUUCAGCCCACUGUUUUCUCAAAUGUUCAGGACGAUAUGUUGAUUGCAAAGGACGAAAUUUUUGGCCCAGUGCAAUCUAUCUUGAAAUUCAAGGACCUUGAUGAAGUUAUACGAAGGGCAAACGCUACACGGUACGGUUUAGCAGCUGGUGUUUUUACAAAGAACAUAGACACUGCCAACACCUUGACACGGGCUUUGAAGGCUGGGACCAUAUGGGUGAACUGCUUCGACAUUUUUGAUGCUGCAAUUCCUUUUGGAGGGUACAAGAUGAGUGGGCAAGGCAGGGAGAAGGGGAUCUACAGUCUUAAAAACUACCUGCAGGUUAAGGCAGUUGUUACGCCUCUCAAGAACCCAGCAUGGUUGUAGAUCUCCUAGCACCAUGUUCUACUUCCUCUGCUUAUUGUACCUUGUAAUAAAGAUAAAUCAUGCAUACGCUUGGUUUGUAAUAGCGCAGAAUAUUUCGGGGGCAGCGGGGCUUGUUUGUUUGUUGGGCUGCUUCCAAGGUUAUGUACAUUCAUCUCUCAAGAUUUGAAGUUUGCAUUUUUAAGUUGCUAA